AUGGACCGAGGUUAUCCUGUUCCUGUUGGACCCACAUUUAGGGGUCUGGAUGUAUUUUGAAAUGGACCGAGGUUAUCCUGUUGAUUCUAUCCAUAUAUCGAAAUCUCCGAGGAAGAGCUCGCAGCGGCGAGGGGACGGUGAGAGAGAAAGAGGGAGAGAUGGCGGUCACAAAUGCAUGGGGCACGGCGAUGGCACAUGCAGUAGCCGUGCCUCGAUUGAGACAGACGCACUCUUGUUUUGUCGACUUCUCUGCUAAGAAAUUUGCCAAUUCGAGCUUCUUUGGGCCUGAUUGGGGGUGGGGUUGUGCUAUCCACAAAUUGCCGGUUUACCAGCAACGUAGCAAUUCAAAUCUCCGUUGCCGUUGCAUCAACAACCGCAAGGAGUCCUCUGACUGGGACUGGAAUCGUUGGUGCCGCCACUUCUCUGAAAUUGAGCAGGCGGAGGGCUUCACCUCUGUACUCAAGUUUCAACUGGAAGAAGCAAUUGAGAAGGAAGAGUUCCAGGAUGCUGCAAAGUUAAAAAUGGCUAUUGUGGAAGCCACAUCAAAGGACAGUGUUGCUGAAAUCAUGUUGCAGUUGAAGAAUGCAAUUGAGGAAGAGCGAUAUCGUGAUGCUUCGAGGUUGUGUAAAGAUACAGGAAGUGGUUUGGUUGGUUGGUGGGUGGGCUGCUCAAAGGAUUCUGAUGAUCCCUUUGGUACUCUAAUACAUAUAGCUCCUGGGGUGGGCAGAUUUGUUGGCAGGAGCUACACUCCAAGGCAGUUGGUUAGUGCAUCCCCAGGAACCCCAUUGUUUGAAAUUUUUGUGAUCAAAGAUGCUGAUGGUACAUACAAUAUGCAGGUAGUAUACUUGCAACGAGCAAAAGGAAGUUCAGCAAACUCUGCAAGUUCAGCAUCAAAAGCCACGAAAGGCUUGUCCACUUCCCUGAAUGAGAAUGCAUCUGCAGUAGGCAUUCAGGAGAAUGAAGCUAAGGCAGAUAAAAGUGAGGAAAAGGGAUCAAAUGUUGAAGGAACAACUGAGGAAGGGAUAAGGAGUGUGAUAAACUUUCUUAAAGAUAAAAUUCCGGGGCUAAAAGUUAAAGUCAUGAAUGUUGAUGUUCCUGAAGAAGUGAGAGAGGUCAAUGAUACCAUGCGGCAGUUGAUGCAGGAAGAUAAUGAGAAGCCAAGUGCUGGUGAAAAAUCAGAUGAUGAAGCAGGUAAUUUGGAUGAUAUUCAGCCUGAUAGGGAAGAAAAUGAUUCAAAGGAAGAUGGGAAGAAUUUGGACGUGAAGCUUUUUAUUGGUGGUGUUUUACAUAAUGACGAUACACCUACCAAAGAUGAUUAUGCGCGUUUACCAGCUGAAAUCAAAGAUAUGGAAAAGGAUUCUUUUUUACUUCAUGUUCCUGGGAGAAGCAGAGGUAAUGAUACUGGAGAAGUUGAAACAUCCAAGCUAAAAGUGGCUGCCAUUGCUGCUCAAGGUGUUUCUGAGCUCAUGCCUUCUGAUGUUGCCAAGACAUUUUGGAGUGUUGACAAGGUUUCUUCAAAGGAUACUAGAGAUGUGCGUGAAAUCAUCAAACUCGCUGUUAGUCAGGCACAGAAGCGGAACAGAAUAUCUGAGUAUACAACUUUCAGUCGAAUUGCUACUUCUGAAGGCAAUUUUGAUACAUUUGAUGGUCUGUAUGUUGGUGCGUUUGGAGUUCACGGCACUGAGGUGGUGCAAUUAAGGCGUAAGUUCGGUCAGUGGAAUGUUUCAGAUGAUGCAGAUGGCUCUUCUGAUGUGGGGUUCUUUGAAUAUGUUGAGGCUGUAAAGCUGACAGGGGAUCUAAAUGUUCCCACUGGCCAGGUGACAUUUCGUGCUAAGAUUGGGAAAGGAAACCGCACUUCAAACCAUGGGAUGUAUCCAGAUGAAUUAGGAGUGACUGCAAGUUACAAAGGUCAAGGUAGAAUAGCAGAAUUUGGGUUUCGAAACCCACAAUGGGUUGAUGGUGAACUUCUUCUACUCAAUGGGAAGGGCAUGGGGCCAAAUAUCCGAGGUGCAGAUCUAGGUUUUCUUUAUGUCAUCCCCGAGCGAAGUUUUCUCGUCUUGUUCAACCGUUUGAAGCUACCAGGUUGAGUGAUGUAGCAAUCAUCUUUAUACCCUGCACGUCUUUGAUAAGGUUUAGUCUAGCAGAACUUUCAUCAACGUGAAGCAGAGAAGAAUUUUUAUGCAAGCAAGAUUGCUGAUAUAUUCUGCAAUUUGAGCUCCUGCAUGUAUGCGCCCCCUCGUUUUCCUCCCCUGCUAAUCAUGGAGUGACAAGUGUAAGAGCAAUAAAGUUUUUGAAGAGUUCCACGUGCAUCUUUUGGAUUUCUUUGGGUCACUUUUUCCCUAUUCAUUUUUGUCCGCUUAUGAUCCUGUUUCCAUGAUUUGGGUUAGGAGAUGGUCUCAUUUUACACCUUUUUAAAAGGCUCAACUUGAAAUCGUUAAGAAUUAUCAUGCUCUAGUUGUUUGGACGCACAAAGUGGUAUUUCAUUUAAUGAUUCAAGGGCUGGUUUGUAUAUAUAUAUUAGAGUAUGGGUAUGCAUGGGUGCAUAUGGACUAAAUUAUAGUCUAAGGUAGUGUUUGGGAGCAUAAUGGAUUUGAAUUUGUAUUGAUUUGGGAAAAAGUCAAUAUAAUUUUAUAUUGUGUUUUAUUUAAA